GUCAUUUCCCGCCACAACGAGAGAGCAACAUGACUUAUCGUCUGAGAUCACGAACUACUUCACAAUCUCCAUCAAUGGCGAAACUUCACCUCAAACUCGCACGCAUCAUCUCUCGUCAGGAUCAACUCAAAAUUUCGUUCAAUCACCUCAAAUCUCAGAUCAAAAUCGGUUUGCUCGAGGCUGAAGAUGUAUUCAGUUCGCUAGCUGUUCCGCUUAUGAAGCUCGUUGGUUUAAAAACCGCUGAAAUGGCUGAAGAAGGCAGAUCAAGCACGAUUUUCACGAAGAUCUGUUCAAAUUAUCAAUCUGAAUUUGAAGACCAGAUUAGAGUGGAGACGCCUAUGUCAAUGUCAACUGCUAAUAAGGAAUGCGAUUUACAUAAGCUGGAGGAAGACUAUACAAAUAACGCAAUCAUGGCAGGCAAUGAGCUUAUCCAUAAACAGAAAUUACAGCUUAUACAACUAGUGCAGCUUCUCAAACAAGUUGAAAGUUGUGUUAAUUCUAGCCAGAAAAACAUGUUUCAAACUAUUGAUAACCACAAAGACCGUAUCCACAUGUUUUUGAGAAAAGCUGUCGCUUAUAUAUCCGCCACUCAACAAUCAAGUCACGAUCGUCACGCCUUCAAUAUCACGCUAAAACUUCUGAAAGCUAUAUAUGAUCAUGUCACUGAAGCCCUAAGCUCAGUUGAGGGUGGGGUGGAUAAUCUCAUCAGUAGAUUAACUGAUGAAAUGUGUAAGCCGAUGAUUGAGUAUGUCAAAAGUUAUAAGGCGGAAUUGACAGCUGGCACAUGCCCUCAGUUAUUGGUUGCAUUGGAGGAUAUGAGAGGGGUGGCAAGAGACGGAAGGGUAGAAUUGCAACAAGCAAGAAAAAUGGUUAGAGUUGCAGAAGAAAAGAAUGCUGAAGUAUUGAGCAUGUUGCGAGAAUCAGAAGAAAGAAUAAAGAAAAUGAGACAAUACUUAGAUGCCUUCACUAAUGACAAGAAGGACACUACUGGUCGUUAUGCAAAGAACAAAUUAUUAGCACCAGCACCACAGGAGGAUCAAACUAAAGACGACAAGUUACUCUGGGAACUACUGAAAAAGAAACGGAAGUGCCAACAUCCCGAGAGCCCAUUCGGGCCCAAAGAGCUUAUUCGAGUCGGAUCCAGCACCAAAACCCCUAGCCCAACAGCUGGAAAACCAUCCAUCACUCACGGUGUCAGACGGUCCUACAGGAACCUGAAAGACCACUCAUCGGGUUCCUUGCUCCUGUUGGGCUUAUCGCCUUCAGUAUCAAGAAAAUGAAGUUUUAUCAUAGGUAAAUCUCUUAUCUCAUGCUAGAUCACAAGUGAAUAGAGUAAAUGAAUAAAUGGAUAUCAGGCUUUUUCUUAAUAAACUAUAGUCGAUAGUUUCGUACGUUAAUGAUUGUUGUAUGUGCACAAAGUUGCAAGCUUUGGGUACUUGUGAAAAGUUAAUAGAUCACUUAGUAUGCGUUGAAGAAA